AUGUCUUACGGCGAUAAUCAGCAAUACGGCGGCGGCGGCGGCGGCGCUAGCAACAGCUACUACAACAACAACGAGGACUUCUCCGGCCGCAACAACAACAAUAACAACAAUAACAACAAUAACAACUCCUACGGUGGAUCCAGCGGUGGUUACGGCAACUCUUCUAACGAGGGCUACGGUAACCAGAACCAAGGCCAGGGUAACUACGGUGGCCGUCAGGAAUCCCACGGUAGCGGAGGCUACGGCAACAACGACAACAACAACAACUCCUACGGUGGAUCCAGCGGUGGCUACGGCAACUCCUCCAACGAGGGCUACAACAACCAGAACCAGAACCAGAACCAGCACCAACACCAAGGCAAUUACGGCGGCCAUCAGGAAUCCCACGGCAGUGGAGGUUACGGUAACAACAACAACCAACACAGCAGCGGAGGCUACGGCAACUCCUCUACCAACCACCACUCUUCCAACAACGACGAUGACUUCAGCAGCGCCGCCUCCCACGCAGAAAACCACAGCAGCGAAGACAAAUCCCUAUUCAGCAGCGCUCUGAACUUCCUGAAGGAGCGCAAGAGUUCCGGCGAUGACGUCGACGAGCAGCAGGCUGCUAAUGCGCACCAGGCCAUGUACGGCUCCGGCAGUUCGUCGAACCAGAAGCAUGAUUCCAACACUGUUGGUGCUGGUGCUGCGAUGCAGGCUUUGAAGAUGUUUUCUGGUGGCAAUAGCGGGAGCAGUGGAAGCAGUGAUGGUGGUAUGGAUAAGAAUAAGCUUAUUGGGCUUGCUAUGGCUCAGGCUGGGAAGUUGUGGGAUGAGAAGAAUGGGUCUGGGGGUAAUGUGUCGGGUGAUAAGCAGUCUGCUGUUAACACUGCAGCGGAGAUGGCGCUUAAGAUGUAUAUGAAGAACCAGGGUGGUGGCUCUGGUGGUGCUGGUGGCCUUAUGAGUCUUGCAAGCAAGUUCCUUAAGUAA